UCCGGGCGCUAGAGCGCGCUGUGGAGGCCUGCGGGCCGUGCGGCGUCGCUUCCGGGGUCGCUCGCGGGGCCUUUUCCCCGCGGGUCCCGCGCUCGUCAGCCUGUAGGUCGCUGCGCCGCUGCAGCGCGCUGGUCGCUCCGGGAUGAAGGCGAAGGCGACCGCCUCCAAGCGCGCGGCGAGCGUCCUCGCCGCUCAGCCGGGACCUGGCGAGAAGCCCGCGCGGAAGAGAAGCAAGAAGAGGUUUUGGAAGAGCAAGGCGCGAGAAGGGAGCAGCGCGCCGGGAGGCGCCCGCAGAGUGGCCGCGGGGCGGCCGCCCACGGCCCCCGAAGACUACUCUCAAAACUGGAAGGCGCUGAGGGAGCUACUGAAGCAAACAUCACAAGCUCCAGGAAAGCCUGUUGUGUCUCAGACGGAUCCCAAAAAGCAGCCCCACAUUAACCAACAGAACAGAAAAGAGACCUCAUCGAAAAUAAAGGGAGAUGAGAUGCCAACAAAAAAAGACCAGGAGUCCCCAUGGGCCUCUGUUCCCUCUGGAUCUAGGAGGGACAGGAUGAUGCCAGUACCUCCCACCAAGGCCUACAGAGCAGAGCAUAAGAAAGGAGCCAAGAAAAGGACAAAUGGUGACAUUUCUUUGAAACAAGAGGACAUCAAGCAUAAGAAGUGGAAAACUAAGGAAGCAGCUCUGGCCUUGGCUCCAGCCCUGCCCACUGAGGAAGACAUCUGGUUUGAUGAUGUUGACCCAGCAGAUAUCGAAGCUGCCAUAGGUCCAGAGGCAGCCAGAAUAGCAAGGAGACAGCUGGGCCAGAGCGAGAGUGGCACUACCCUGGUGAAGGAGCAGGCCUUCAAUGGCCUGACGAGAGCCUUGGCCCUGGAUUGUGAGAUGGUGGGCGUGGGCCCCAAGGGGGAGGAGAGCAUCGUGGCCCGCGUGUCCCUCGUGAACCAGUAUGGGAAGUGCGUUUAUGACAAGUACGUGAAGCCCACCGAGCCCGUGACAGACUACAGGACAGCGGUCAGUGGGAUUCGGCCUGAGAAGCUCAAGCAGGGAGAAGAGCUUGAGGUUGUGCAGAGGGAAGUAGCAGAAAUGCUCAAGGGCAGAAUCCUGGUGGGGCACGCACUUCACAAUGAUUUAAAGGUGCUGUUUCUUGAUCAUCCAAAAAAAAAGAUCCGGGACACCCAGAAAUACAGACCUUUCAAGAGUCAAGUAAAGAGUGGAAGACCAUCUCUGAAAUUACUUUCUGAGAAAAUCCUGGGCAUCAGGGUCCAGCAGGCAGAGCACUGUUCGAUCCAGGACGCCCAGGCAGCAAUGAGGCUGUACGUCAUGGUGAGGAGGGAGUGGGAGCACACUGCAGGAGACGGGCGCCCCCCUGCCGCUGCCCCUCACGGUUGCAAUGAGAACUCCUAGGCCACCGCCGCCCCACCUCCAUCCUGUAAGGCACCUCCAUCCAGUGGCAAUGGGGACCAGAUCACAGGACCAGUGGAGUCACUCCAAAGUGGGACUGGGGCGGACUGUUUUCAAAGCCAAGGCCGCAAGCUUCCUUCUCCCCCUGUCCUCUGCUCUUCUGCUGCAGCUGGGUCUUUGGCCAGGAUGAGCUGGAGUGUGCCAGGGCAGGAAGUCAAUUAUGUGUCCUAGGCAUAGCCAGGAGGUGGCGGCAACUUGGGCAUGCCUGGUGGCUCCACUGUCUGCUGACCACCAGAGGAGGGCUGGGACAUCUGGGCUGCCCCUGCAGAUCCGACUGGCCUGCGUGCUCAGCUUCUUCCUCUGAGGAGGCCACUAUUCCUCUGUUAUUGUGGGUAACGUAAUACACUCUACUGGACCCAGGUCAAACCCUGUCUGUAGGUAGCUGCUGACAGCAGCUGCCCCACCGGGACUUGCUCAUGGUCGUUGGACACAGAGAGGGGCUUCCUGAGGGUGGGACCCAUUUCUCACAUGCUUACCUCAGUUGGCCAGUACCCAGCAGAGGCUUCUCCCCACAGCCAGUCACGUGAGACCCAGGACCACACUCUUCCUGAAGCUCCCUGCCUCUGGUCUAACACCCCUGCUAACCUGGGGCAGCCUAAGCUGGAAUGUCUGGGAGUACCCACAGGCCAGCCCGCAGCCUUCUGGCCAGGCUCACAUCUAAGGAUCUCUGGGACCUGGUCAGGAGUCAGCCAAACCCAGGGCUUUAUCAGGCCACCUGACAGCUGUGCAGACAGCAGGUACCACAGAGGAUGUUGCUGGGUGCAAAGGCAGAUGCUGGCCUCACGUGGUGCUUGUGGGGCUGGGUUGGGGGCAUUCGCCUUCCCUGCACGGGGCCAGGCUCCCCACAGCACCACGUGACAAUAAACAAGUGAAGCUUAUGGAGGGCAGUUCCUUCCUCAGCUAGAAAUCUCAAGCCCUGCAGGACUGUGCCACCAAGCACUACCAUGAACAGCCACACCUGCACCAGCACUGACUUGGGUAUGCCAGGAACCAGCCUUGGGCCUCUUUAUUAGCUACUGAGCAUAGAGGGAGAUGCAUAUAUGGUCCCUGUGGCCCUCCUCCCCCCCCGCACCCAGGACAGGAAGACGGGCGCUUCAGGGUAGAUGUGGUUGGCCUUCCAGGAGGAUGGGGACCUCGGGGGCAGCUGCCUCCCCUUCAGCAGCUCCAAGCAACUCCCUCUCCUGCGGGCUGGGCAGUGCGGCCUCCAGGCUCAGGAACACUUUCUCUGCGUAAGAGACCAGCUCCUGGAAGGGAUAGGCAGGUUCCUGUUACCAGGAUUUGGGGGCUAGAGCCAUUAACUGUGAAACCAAACCCUCUUUGAAAGUUUCCGGCCACUUUUCCCCCGCAGGAUUGACUGACCCAGACCCAGAGAUGGAGUAAUAGGCGGGGAAAUGUUGCUGAAGACUGCCUGCAGCAUUCAAGGCCUGGGCCCACUGUGUCCCCAGAUGUGGGGGCUUGCCCUGGCUAUCUGGAGGCCCUCCCGUCACUCACCAGGCUGGAGGUGAAACGCCCCUGGAUCUCCUGGACCAGAGCCCUGAUGCCGUUGGACUCCAGCUCUGGCAGGAUUUCCUCUGUGAUGGAGCAGAAAAAUGGUACUGAGGGCCAGAGCCCAGCCAGCCAGAGGACAAAGCAGGUCCCAGUGCCACUUAGUCUGGCAUGGGCAGAGUGCGGCCCUGGGUUCUGAGGUCCUUGUGUCAUCCUGGGCUGCAGCAGUGCUUGGUGCAGGGGUGCCAGGGGAAGUUUGGCGCCAUCUCUGUUGGGCUCCUUCCCUCCCCUUCAGCCACGGCUGGGAGUAGGGCCCCCAAUCAUCGCUUCCAGGUAAGGCAAGGGGGUCCUCACUGUAGAAGGUAAGGUGGGCCAGCAACAUGCAGAGGUUCUCCACCACCUCAGGGUCAUCCUUGUGCAGCUGGUAGGUCUCCUGCAGGAGAUUGAGGCCACUGCCGCCCUCCUGUGGCACCACCAUGUGGAAGGCUGCCAGCUCUGGGGAAGAGGAGGUGAUGGGGUUCCCACCCUGGUGCUGACACUGCGCAUCUGGUCUUAGGCCAGUUCCUCAGCCCCCAGGUCCCCUGAGAGGUGGGCAGUGAUACUGGUUUCAUAGGGUUGCUGGGAGAACUCAGAGCAUUGGUCCUGAGCCCCUACCUCAAGCUCUGGGCUCUGCUGGCUCCAUUUCCCCACCAUGUGGCUUUGCCCCUGCAGCAGAGGCCCUGCUCCUGCCAGCACAUCUACUCCAUUCCCAGGGGAGGCAGUCCCAGAGGCAUGUGGUGGCGUGAGUUUCACUCACCCAGCCUAGCUCAGGUCCUGCUCCCUUGGUGGACACCCUGCCCCUCCUGAGACCUGUUCCCUUUUGCCUUCAGGGCCUCAGCCUCCCCUGCUGUCUCUAGAGGAAGUUGACUACUAACCUCUGAUAGGCCUGCUGGUGGAACCAAAAGCCCCUACAUUGCUGUGACCGGGAGGAACCUGCCCAGGAGGAAAGGCUGCUCCACCUCUAGACCCAAGGCUGAGAGGCAAACUGGAGCCUGGCCAGCUCUGCUCCCUGUCCAGGUGGCCCACCCAUACUUGACAUGGGACCUCAGAGGGGCUGAACCUUUCCCACAUAGUUGCUGAGCAUGGGGUGUCAGGGACAGGACAGGAGACAGCCCCAGCUGCCCCUAGGAGGCCCCAACAUCUUGGGUAGGUCAGGAGCCAGAGGCCUUCCACAAGUCAUGGUUACUGCUCUGAGGAAGGCCCUGCAGUGCAGAGGUUGAGACCAAGAGCAGGGGCUUCACCUUGCCAUGCACCUCUGGGGACUGGUCAGUUCCCAGACCCCAAGAUCCCUCUGCAGGUAAUAACCACUGGGCUCAUCAUGGGGCCUGGCACAAGGCACUGAGGAGCCAGGGUUUGUGCUCAGGAUUUAUAGAUAAGACUUGUGUGCUGAGAGCCUGCACUGAUCAGUGGUAUGUGGACAGGGAAGGGAGCUGACCAGGGAGCACUGAGCAAAAGGCAGGCUGUACCAUGUAUGCAGCCUGGGUGACACCUCAGUGACGUGACUGAGUCAUUUUGUUCUUCCUGUUUUGGUUUGUGAGCUUCUGUGGAUAUUACUGAUGGGGCUGAUUUUUGCCCUAACCCUGGGCUUACCUGACACCUUGGCGAGGCUGGCCAGUCCCCGGUAGGCAUUGUUCACCAGCAGGACUCUCUCCUGGCUCAGCCGGAUGCUUUGCAGGAACAACAUCACCGCCUUCUCAAACUGCCACUCACUCAUGCAGCCUGCAGAGGGCAGGGGCUUGGUUACCUGUGUUCAGGGCUGUCCUCCCUGCUCACUCCCAAGGCCCUGAGCUCCUCACCCAGCAAGGACAGCAGCCAGAGCACCGCACAGCCUGCCUCUGCCAUUUCUGCAUCUGCGGGGUGGGUGUCUAGCACCUGCAUGACUAGGGCCGUGAUCUUCACCACAGGGGCUUUGUUCACAAUGGCAACUGGACCCAAGACAAGGGUGGGGGACACCUUGUCUCCUGGGCAUGUGCAGGAGGUCCCACUGUAUAUACACCCCCACCUACUGCUCCCUCCUGCCAAGCACGACAGAGCAGAAACCUGAGGACAGAUGGAAACCUUGCCCAUGAGGCUGGAGGGGACUCUGGCACCUUGGGGGUGAUGGGAUCUCAGCUUGCCACAGCUUGCCACAGCUUGGAGCUCUGUUCUGUGGGCAAGACAGAUCCCUGGCACUGAAGUAUCAAGGUAGGGCCUAAGAGAGGAUCAGCACAGGCCCAGGGGCCCCUAUUCUGCAUUGAAAAUCAGGAUAAGGCAUCCAACUUUUUUGUUUUGUUUUUUUGUGUGUGGUGGGGUGUGCUGGGGAUUGAGCCCAGGGCCUUGUGCUUGCAAGGCAGGCACUCUACCAACUGAGUGAUAUCCCCAGCCCCAGGUAUCCCACUCUUGAUGGAUCCCUGGUGCCAGGGACUGCCCACUGGACAGGACAGACUGCUCCUUCCUCCCCCCUCCCCCCCAAUUCCUGCAUGUGUCUUGCUUCAGUGGCCAUGGUCAUGCUCACAUGCUCAAGAGACAGAAGGCAGAGUGGGACUCAGGCACUGGGAGCCACAGAGGGAGGGCCUUACCAUCCACCAGGAGGGACCAGAGCAGGCCCAAGGCACUGAGGCAGAUGUCCCUGUCCUUGGAGAAUCUGUCCAGGUGCUCCAGGAUGAGCUCAAACAGCCCAGGCUUCUGUAGCUCCUCUGAAGCCAUCUCUGUGGGAGCAGAAGGAGGGGCCCUUCUAGGAAGCCUUCCAGCAGCACCCGUCCCUCUGUUGGCUUUUGAAACUACUAACACUUCUGACCUGUGUUGCUGGGUGCCUGGCCCUGUAGAGGCUGUCCAUCUCCUGGGCCACCACUUGGCACCUCCCACCCAUUACUAAGCAAGAGUCCAGUCACUAUAGCUUCUUAGCCAAGGGCCCAGCCUGCUUUCCUAGAACAACUGUGGCCUUUCCCAACCCCCAGCUCGCCUGGCCAUUGUGUGAAGGAUGGUAGGUCAUCAGGUGUGGAGUACAGGGCACAUGCUGGGUCUCAGCCCUGCCCCACAAGCAACCAUGGGACUUGACGGGUAUCCUUGAGCACUUGGGAACCCUGGCUUCCUCUUGGGGGUGGGGGGGACAGUGUGCACUGUGAGUGGACUAGGAGGAGGAAAGGGUGUUACCCAAUCCCAGGUGAGCUUGAUGAGGACCUCUCAUCCACCGGGGUCCCCAGCCUGGUUGCCUGCUGCCCACCUGGCCAUGGGCAGAGAGCAUGUGAAUGUGAAACGCAUCCAUGUAAGGCCUGGGGCAUGUGGUCGGUGCCCUGAAAGUGGGGUCCUGGCCCUGAGAGCACAGAAAAGCUACCCAUGUGGGAGCAGAGCCUCUGGGUCAUGCAGCUGUGCCAUCUCAGCAACAGGCCCUGCACCACCCUGUCCAAGCAGCCUGUGCCCCAAACCGGCCCUCUACAGCUGCUCUGCAGCCCAGCUUCCUAGAUUGUGGGGAGGCAGGGCAGGAAGGGCCACACACCCACCCUGGCUGGAGAUGAUGGUGAGCAGGCUGUAGCCUUGGAUGAUGAGCUGAUCCGAGUCAGAGUGACUCCGCAUGAUGCUUAGCAGGGUGGAGAUCAUGGAGCUGUCCCAUGGCACCUGGGCUUCUGCAUCCUGCACCAGCACUGCUUAGGCCACAGAAAGAAUCUGCGUUAACCCCCACAGCAAAGGUGCAGGGGACAGCAAGGCACACAGGUAUCCUCCCUGCCUGGUGCGGACAGCACUUCCACUUUGUAUUCAGGAAAUUGAGGUCUGCCUUAUUCUCCAAGCAUGGUGCAGGUCUCUGUAAAUAGAAGGACCUUGCACUGCCAGAUUGUGGCACCUUAGGCUGGUGGUGGUCCACAAGAGCCUGCUGAGCCUGCGAUGACAGGCCAAAGUAAACCAAUGACAGUUCAGGGCUGGGUCUGCAGCUCAGGUAGAGUGCUUGCCACCGCAACAGGCAGGCAAAAGGAGGCACAGUCUGAGUGGUGCCUGGAGUGAGACCCUCAAUAUUAAGACCAGAGGGAUAGCUAGGCAGGCAUAGCAACUGAAGGUAGUUGAACCUGUUCAUGACCCAGAGGGCUGGCAGGCAGAGGCAGGCAGCUCCCCACUUCUACUUGGGCAGUGCUGUCCCCUGCUGACUGUGCCACCACCUCAGCUGCCCUCCUACAAGCCUCUCCUGGGACAUGACCCACCCUCCUGGGGUCAGCCCAGAGGACCCCAUCCUGUCCAGCACCUCAUGCUUAACUGGGAAACCAGUAAGAGGGUCAGCUGCUUGUCCAGGACUGCGACAGCCUGAGUGUAGCCCACAUCUCCAAAUUUCUGACCUGGGGCCUACUGUCCACCAGGAGGGGGUCAGAUGGGCAAGUAGGGCUUGAACUGUUGAGAGAGCCCCACACCCAGGGGUAACUGGUGUGGGCUAGAAGCACAAGGAGGUUCCCCCAGCUGGGCCUGCACCCACCUUGGCCCAGGACGCGCAGUAGCAGGGAGCAGGCGCACAGCUGCAGAUCCAGGAUCCUCUCGUGCUGCUUCAUGAUGUUGACCACCAACUCCACCAGCUCCAUGGGCCAUGGCAGCCCUGGUGGGGUGAGAGGCACAGGUGAGGCAUGUGGGAGCAGACCUUCCAUCCAGAGGUUACUGGGAGUCUGCAGGGCAUGAGAGAGGCCCCAGGUGGGUGUAGAAAAGGGCAAAGAUGACCUGUUGGCAUGUCAUGAGUCCUUCCAGGGACUCCUGCCAGAGACUGAACCCAGGGCCUGCGUGCUGCAUCCUGUGUUUGUUGUUUUGUUGAGGUGGGGUCUCACUAUGAUGCCCAGGCUGAUGUCAAACUGAGUUCAAGCGAUCCUCCUGCCUCAGCCUCUGAGCACCAGUACCCAGGUGUGUACCACCUUGUACUUCCGGCACCCCAGGCCCUCCCAGCGCUUUCCUUGUUAGAAGACUGUAGGUGACUUUGGUGAGGAUGCAAGGACAGACGUGGGGCACCCAGGACACAAAGCCAUGGUAGACCCUUCAGAAGCUCGCUGAGGUAGGUGUGGCUUGGUGGUGGGAAGGGCCCAACUGCCUCCAUUUCACAGGAAGGCAAAAUCUCCCCCUGUACUUUAUCCCGGUCACCACUUAGCAGCAGAAGGGAUCCGGAUGUGGGGGCAAUGGCCAAUAAGAACUGCCUGCUGUCUCGCCAGGCAACCACCGCUUGCCUCCAUGAUCCCCAGAGCUUUAGCCACUGGGACAGUCCUCAGAGGGCUCUUAGUGCAUGUUUUGUGGAUACAUGAUGGAUGGAGAGCUGAGUGUGUGAGUGGAUGCAGGAAAGGACAGAAGGAGAAUAGAUGGACAAUGAACAGAUGGGUGGGUUGGGGGGAAGGAGGGAUGAUAGCCAAAUAGCUGGAGGGAAGUGGGAUGCGUGGGCAUAUGAGUGUUGUAUUCAAGCAGGAGAGACGGGUCAGGUGGGUUUUAUGAAAGCUUGUUUUGGCAAAACAACAAAGUCACAGAGAAAGAGGUGUCCUUGGGCAUGCAGGCAGGUGGAAUGUGGUGUGCCCGAGGUGGGUGUCAGCAGCACGCACUCCCUGACACCCAGAGUUCACGUGCACACAGGUGGUGGCCCAUCAGGUGCCACUCAUGGGAGUGGGAUCUAAGAAAACUCCAAUGCCCCUCAGAGGGUGGCUGGAGAGAUGGGUGUCUUAUUGUGGACCCCUUAAAAUAGGUGAGAAGCCACCCAUCCCCCACCCUCCUCUGCAUGGCAGGAGAGACACGGACUCCAGGCUGCCUGCUGUCCAAGCGGAUAGUGAGGCAGUGGACCCUUUGGGGAAUGAGAACAGGAUUCCCAGGUGUAAGAAGCACCUGCUGGCAGCCGGGGAGGGGAGGGGCAGGGCUCUACCUAGCUGAUUCUCAGGUAUCUGCAAAAGCCUCUUUAUGGCCUUGAGCUGAACUUCAGGACGGCUGGGGAAUUUCUCCAUGGCCUCUGCAGGGGACAGGAAGAACAUGGGGACCCUGCUGAGGGCCAGGCCAGGAGGUGGUGUUCUUAUUCGUUUCCCAGAUGAGGCCGCUGGGGCCAGGUGAUUGGUUCAGAAUCAAGCCCAAGUCUCUGGGAACCAGCCUCUGAGCCUCAGUGUGUGCUGCCCUCACCCUGGCACACAGGAGGCACAUUGGCUGAGUGAGGAGGACACCCAGGGACCACCGUGUGCCAGGGUGUGGACCCACAAAGGCAGGGACUCUAGGGAGUGGGUAGCGAGGAGCCCUCAUAGAGGAUUUGUGUAGGAGAAACAAAGGGGACUACAUGGGGCCAGGCUGUGGAGGUGGACUUUGUGCCCUAGGGACUGGGAGCUUUGGAGGGCAUCUGAGCGGCGCAGUCUUGGGGUGGGGUGGGGUGGAGGUGGAGAGCCUGGAACUGUUCCUGUCCCCUGGCCAUGCAUGAGGAGCAGGUCCACUGGACUGGGUUGGGGGAAGGCACCAGCCCAACAAUGGUCUGCGAAGGCUGAUGGCAGCUCCCACCACACCUCGUGUCCCACCAUCACCUAAGAUGCUAGCGACGUUGCCUUCUAACAGCAUGCUGGUGAUGAGCUCAGGCACCACCUGCUGGUGCAGGGUCAUGGCCACGCAUGAGGACUUGAAGGAGCCGCUCACGAAGGUCAUAUGAACCACAGCCCUAGCAGAGGGGGAGAGCCAGCUGUACCCAGCUGCUUUGCCUGCAGCACCCGUGCAGCACCCCUCUGCCUUGGUCAGUGGCUGAGCACUGGACACUGGCCUUCCUGUUCAGAGUCAGCUUGGCCAAAUCUCUCACCAUGUGCUGUGUCCAGCCAGUUCCCAGCAAUCCCACUUCCAAGCACCCUCCCUGCAAAGGCUCAGGCCUGGAGGACCGUCUUGAGCCCAGGUGCCUUCUGGGUCCCUUCCCUCAUAAAGACAGAGCAUCAGAUCUGAUGACUGCUGGUGUGGAGAUCAACACAACCCACGCAGGCUUCACUCUUUUCUUCUGAUUUUGAAUUAGAAUGAACCUUUUCUCCUGGACCCUGGAAAGUGCCAGAGGUCCUGGGGCUGAGCCUCUAUGCCUGCUGGAGCCAGGCCUACUGUGCCAGGGUACAGAGAUGUGUGUGUUAAGGGGUUGGCUGCCAAGCAGUUUGGGACAGCCGUGCCAUGGGAAAAGCCCAAUUAUGCAGGGAUUAAUAGGGUGGAGCCAGCACCGUUUGUGUUGGGGUGGAGGGAUGCUGAAAUAGACUGCUAGGUUGAAAUAAAGCCCCAAAGCCCCAACCCUGAGCUCACCUGAUUGUUAUUCUAUCUGAGGGACUGAUCUGCAGCAUCAAGGGUAGAAGGGAAGAGAAGGUUUCCACAUCUGGGAUCUGUUUCUCCUCCAUGGUCUUCAGGACAGCCUUCAGGCCACUAGAGCUCUGGCGGAGGGACUUCCGCAGGUGCAUGGCUUCUGUUGCCUACCAGAAGACAGAACACAGUUUCUGUGACUAAGUGAAAGCCAGAGCUGUGCUGUAGGCAGAGGAGACACUAUGACCAAGGAGAGCCAGAGGUCUGGAGCUCCUCCAUGAGGAAACAGGUUCAAAGGGCAGGAGGGCCAUCUCGUUGGGUGGGGAGGCAGGUAGGGGACCACACGCCUUGUCCAGUUCUUCCCAGAAGGCCCUGAUCUGGACCCACUGACAAAAGGCUCCUCGCAUCCAUUAACGGAAGGUGAGUGCCCAAGAUCCCCCAGUGCCAGGAGGGCCCUGAAGCCCAGACCCUCCAGUAGGUCAUGGCCUGGAGCAGGAGGGCCCUCAUUCCCCUGGGCCUGUGGGAAGGAGCAGCAGGGUGCUUUCAGGCUGCUGGACUACCUGGGGCACAGCCAGCCACCUGCGCUCUCAGUUCCUUGUGCUUGGUGGUGGGGCUGGGAGGCCAGGGGUGUGCCCUUGCUCUCAGGGUACAGCAAGCACUGGGCCUGGCACAUCAUCCCCACUUUCUCUUGUGUGUAGGUAUGAUGUGGCAAGGCUCAGCUCCCCAGCCUCCCUGGGUCAGGGUGCCCUGGCCCUUUGCCUUUCCCCUCCUUUCUGCCCACAGGCUGUGUCCCUGCGGCAAGGCCUAGCUUGGGUGAGAGCAGGAGCCACAUGCUAGGACAUGCGGAACAGAGAAGUGCCAUGCAACCCGGCUCGUGUGAUAGACAGCCCUGUGUGUCCACUCCCGGUCUCCUGAGCUGUGACCACAGGCAUCCCUGACUCCACCAAGGGUGCCUGGACUGGGGUUUCCUUGCUGCCAGGGGCAGGGCUGAGGGCCCACGGCCACCAAGGGAGCAUGAGCCCUGCCGCCUCAAGGGCUCCCCAUGCACUGCGUGACGGAGGCAGGGCGAGGGCCAGCCUCUCCCUGGAAGCAGCUCACAUCCAGGAAGGAGCAGCUGGCCAUGUCGAGCAUGAUGCAGCCCAGGGACCAGACGUCAGACAUCUGGCUGAAGGUGAAGUCAAGGGCUUCAGGCGCCAUCCAGGACUUCUGAAAGGGGUCUGUUGACAGAACAAGGCGGGGAUCCAUUGAGUCCUAUGUCCCCUGAGAGGGCAGAAGGGUAGAGCCACCCUGCCUAACACUGUCUCCUUUUUGGUGUCCA